AGGUGCCCUGAGCAAACCAAGUGUGCGUCACACGUGAUGUGGACUGGACCAUGGCAAAGCACCAAAAAGAGCCGUUGAACUCAUCAACUUUCAUCAACCUCUUUCCAUCCCAUCUACACUCAUCACGGCAACCAUGAGCGCCCCAAGAAAAUACGGUAUCGACAGAGAAAUCGCCGCCAAGCUGGCUGCCAAGUACGAUGUUCAACGAGAGGCCGAGGCACGUCAGUGGAUUGAGACCGUUGUUGGGGAGCCAUUUCCUUACCCAGAGUUCCAGCUCUCUCUCAAAGACGGCGUUAUCCUCUGCAAACUGAUAAACGUCCUCAUCCCUGGAUUUGUCAAGAUUAAGCCCUCCAAGAUGCCCUUUGUUCAUAUGGAGAACAUUGCCAAGUUCUUGCAGGGAUGCGAGAAGUUGGGCUGCCCCAAGCAUGAUCUGUUUCAGACGAUCGAUCUCUAUGAGAACAAGAACCCAGGACAGGUCGUCGAUGCCAUCUAUUCACUGUCGCGCCAUGCCGCCAAGUCCGGAUGCGAUGUCCCCAUUUUGGGACCCAAGUUAGCGGACAAGCGUGAGGUGGAAUUCUCAGAGGAUGUUCUGAACGCAGGAAAGCAUGUCAUCAAUACCUUCCAGUAUGGAUACAACGGAGGAGCAAAUCAAUCCGGCUCAAGGAACGGACGUCGCGAUAUUGGAGGAGUCGAUCCUGCACGUGCUGCUGUCGAUGUUUAAAUGUCAUUGUGAUCAAUGCAAGUCGUACCUCUUUUCUCCCUCAUACAUAUGUUAUAUUACACGAAUAAAAAUAAUAAUACCCUGCGUUGCCAGUUGAUAUGC